AUGAGACACUCACUGGCUUUCUUGGCCCUCGCCGCCACAGCCUUCGCUAUCCCUCAAGCAGUCACAGAAGACAUCAGCCCCAAGGAUGGUCCUCCCAAAGGAUGCAUAACAUCAUACAGCGGUCAAUUCGAAGUCACCAUUUUCAAGCCCGGUAACACUAAGCGCGAUCUCAGUGAGAAGCGUUCGUGCAACGGAGAGGGUGUUCUCGUCCUGAACCUCAAAGACGGAGUCCUCAAAGACGCCCAAGAUCGCACAGGCUACAUAUCCGACAGCUACCAAUUCCAAUUCGAUAAGCCCGCUCAGUCUGGCGCAAUUUACACCUCUGGCUUUUCCGUCUGCUCCAAUGGCACACUUGCCCUUGGUCCAUCGGCCAUCUUCUGGCAGUGCAAGUCAGGGGACUUCUACAACCUCUACGACCGCGACUGGGCUGAGCAAUGUGAACCUGUCGAGUUUGGUGUUAUGCCCUGUGGUAAGGGAAGUUCGUCCAAGUCUGCGCCCAAGAAGAGGAUUGUCGGAAGCAGCGUCAUUGCAACCACUGUCGUAACUGUUGUCUCGGAUGGUACGACCAAGGAGGUUCCCACUACAAUCGCAGUGCCGAUGUGCCAGAUUGGUGAUGGACAGGUUCAGGUUCGCACGACGCCCUGUGAUGAUAUGGAACUUCCCAUCAUUACCGCUCCUCCUGUUAGUCAGGUCUCGGAUGGGAAGCUUCAAGUUCCUACCACUGCACCUCCGGCCCCUCCUGCUGUCCAGCAAAACAACCCUGGCGAGGCUGGAAAACCUGGGGGUGAUGCACCUGAAAGUGGUAAUGGAGGUGAUGGAGGUAACUCCAGUGGUGGCAGCGAUGGUAACGGCAACGGCGGUGAUGGUGGUAGUGGCGGUGACUCUGGUGAUGACUCUCGGCCUGGUGCUUCACCUGCAGGGAACUCAGCACCCGAAAACACUGGCACAGCAUCCCAGAACUGCGCUGACUCGGAUGAUGAAUCUUGCGGCCGUGGUCAAGGAAGCGCUGGUCGCUCCGGGAAGACCAAGCCCACAGAAACUAACAAAGAAGUGCUGGCCACUGACUCCGGUUCCCCUUCAGAGACUGACGACACUGAGGAGACUGGUACUUCUCGUAGCGGUAGCACUCGCGCUGUCAAGCCUUUUCGACCUCAGAGUACCGAGAGUGAUGACGCGGAAGAGACGGAUAGCGGCUCAGAUGCAGGCUCGAAUGAUGACAACUCAUCUUCUGAUGCUGCGCAGUCGGAUGCGUUGAAGAUUGCUGCUAGUCUAGGUAUGGUGUUUGUAUCAGCUAUGUUGGGUAGCCUUUUAGUUUUGUGA